GCCAACACAGCCAAGAUGGCGGCGCAGGGAGUUCGUUGCUCACGCGCGCGGGAGAAAUGGACCCGGCUGGUGCGCUCUGUGUCGCGCGGAGAUGACGUCCUCUGGGGUGGCGGCUGCUUCCCUCCACUGCCGGGGGCCGCCGCCGUCGCGCGCGCGAAGAUGGCGGGGCUGGCCGAGGCGGCUCCGGGUGGCGGGAAUGGCGGUGGCGGGGCCGGACCCCACCGGGGCUCCCCGCCGGAACCCUUGCCACUACUGCUGCCAGAGGAAGACGGGCAGACGCGACAGAGCAGUUUCGCCAGCGGCGGCGAUGGGCAAUCUCCACCCCAUACUGAAACGCUGGGCUUCUACGAGAGCGACCGAUACCGCAAGCAACAGCAGCGCCGCGCGCCCUCGGAUCUUUCUCUACUGAGGUUUAUCAAUGCAGAGCUAACAAGAGGUUACUUCCUUGAACACAAUGAAGCCAAGUACACAGAACGGAGAGAGAGAGUGUACACAUGCAUGCGAAUACCAAGAGAAUUGGAAAAGUUGAUGAUUUUUGGGAUCUUUUUGUGCCUGGAUGCUUUCCUUUAUGUAUUCACCCUGCUCCCAUUGCGAGUUUUUCUGGCAAUGUUCAGGUUCGUCACAUUGCCUUGUAGUAGUUUGCGUGAUAGACGCUUGCUGCAGCCAGCCCAGGUGUGUGAUAUUUUCAAAGGUGUAAUACUUGUAAUUUGCUACUUCAUGAUGCACUAUGUUGACUAUUCCAUGAUGUACCAUCUGAUAAGAGGACAGUCUGUAAUUAAACUCUACAUCAUCUAUAAUAUGCUUGAGGUAGCUGAUCGUUUAUUUUCAUCUUUUGGACAAGAUAUCUUGGAUGCUCUCUAUUGGACUGCAACAGAACCAAAAGAAAGGAAAAGAGCACACAUAGGGGUCAUUCCCCAUUUCUUCAUGGCAGUGCUGUAUGUCUUCUUGCAUGCUAUCCUUAUUAUGGUCCAAGCAACAACACUCAAUGUAGCCUUCAACUCCCACAAUAAAUCACUUCUUACUAUCAUGAUGUCUAACAAUUUUGUGGAAAUAAAAGGAAGUGUUUUCAAGAAAUUUGAGAAGAACAAUUUAUUUCAGAUGUCAAACAGUGAUAUCAAAGAGAGAUUCACCAAUUAUGUGCUGUUACUGAUAGUUUGCCUAAGAAAUAUGGAACAAUUUUCAUGGAACCCAGAUCAUUUGUGGGUAUUGUUCCCUGAUGUCUGCAUGGUGAUUGCAUCAGAAGUUGCUGUUGAUAUUGUGAAACAUGCUUUCAUAACCAAAUUCAAUGACAUCACAGCUGAUGUUUACAGUGAAUACAAAGCCAGCCUUGCCUUUGACUUUGUUAGCAGUCGGCAGAAAAAUGCAUAUACAGAUUACAGUGACUCUGUAUCCAGGAGAAUGGGCUUUAUUCCACUCCCACUGGCUGUUUUACUUAUCAGAGUUGUUACAAGUUCUGUAAAAGUCCAAGGGGUCUUGUCCUAUUCCUGUGUAAUUCUUUUCUGUUGUGGUUUAAUAUCACUUAAGGUACUUAACAGCAUUGUAUUGCUGGGAAAGUCCUGCCAUUAUGUCAAAGAAGCAAACAUGGAGGAGAAGUUGUUCAACCCACCUCCUUCCAGCACCCCAGGAAAAUCUGGUGGCAAAGCACAGAGCAAGUACAAGUCUCCUCAAGGACUUUCCACUGAGGAAGGCUUCUCUGAUUCAGUGACCAGUCAGCCUGUGCAACCAAAGGAAAAUGUAGCCCCCCAACUGGUGACAAGCCCCUCUGACCAAUUUCUGACCACUCCUGACGGAGAUGAGAAAGACAUAUGCCAAGACAGCGCAGAAUCCAAAUCCACGAAGAAAGAUUUGUUGGAGAUAGACAGGUUUACCAUUUGUGGAAAUCGAAUUGACUAGCAGUCUGUGAGUGGGAGACUGAACAGUUGGAACAGAAAGGGCAGUCAGUGACAGACAGAUGCCAAAUAGGCAUACCAAUAUUUAUUUAAAACUUAAAUUAUCAACAACAAAUCUAUUGACAAGGGUGUAAGUUGGCUUGAAAAAUGGAUCAAGUGUCAGCUUUGUAACCUUGGUAUUUUGAAAAAUGAUUUUUUUAAAAGAAGAAACCAUUGACAGUUGGACAGAGCUGCAGUGUCGCUUUUCUGAAAAGUGACCUACCUUUAAAACCCUUUUCCUGUAUGAAUCUGUGCUUCCUUCACACUUCGUUUUGCCAGAGAAUUUGGAACAGAGAAUUUUGAAAAGUUCUUGAGAAGCACCUCUCUUCUUGCCAUUUUUUCCCCGAUUUACAGGAAAAUAAAUAAUCAGGAUAAACUUACCCCCAGGUGAUGGCUCAAAAUGCAUUUCAUCUAACUAAAAUGGACCAUCCUUUAAGAUUUUCUAUUAAUUGUUUUCAUCCUAAAUCUUAAACUUUUAAAUCGGAAAUUGAUCAUAACAAGGAAAGAGUUGAAAGUUUGAAGGAACAAGAAGUCAGGAGCUUAUCUUUGCUCUUCAGCAUUUUAAGUAUCAAGGUAGAAAUCAGUAGGCUUCAGUUCCAGCUGCCAGCCUAUUCACUGUGCAACUAUUUUCUUUGCAUUAUAUGUCAAACAACUGAAGAUUAUUUCUUUUUUUGCUUUGGCUGGAAAAGCUGCAUGUUGCCAAAAUGACAGACUCAAAUAGAUUUUCCUGAAAACCAGCUUUAUGAAACUAGCGUUUUGAAAUACGAAGCAGCUUCACUUGAUGCGUAUAGAGGAGUGCACAGAAGAUUAAGACAAGAAUUAUGGUUCUUUUUAGCUCCACAUAUUUAAGAGCAAAUUUAUACUCAAGGUGCUCCUUUCUUCUCUAUCCUCAAUGCCUAAGGAACACAAUGCAAUAUCAAGUGUCUUUUUUUUUUUUAAAUAAAAAGCAAAAUUGUGUGUGUUGAAUAAUAAGCAAAUCUUUGGCAACUUACUUCUUAGCUGUUGCAGAGUGGCCAAAACAAAUGUUUGAAGUCCAGAAUACAUUUAUUAUUUCCCCAAAGUUGAGAGGAUGAAUAUGUGGGAAUGGUAUCCUGACAAGCAGGUUCCAAGAAAGAAGGCAGUAUGGAUAGUCAAGUGUUUCUAAUAAUUUUCUCCUCAUGCUGCCAACCUCCUUUGACCAGCUUCUCAACUUAAGAGAACAUUUUGGGAGAAAUAUAAAGCUUGAAGUUGAAGUUUACAAGAUAUUAAUUUCAUAAACGUACUGCUUCUGACAAAUUUGAUUCAUUAAAAUUAAAUUCAGAACAUUUGUUAAAUCUUGUAAUUUGAUUUUAUUUAAAUGUAGCUGAAAGGAAGCUUGGAAUGACCUUUUCCUUGUAAAACAAUUAUGUAUGGAUUUUAUAAUUGCAUCUUGUGUGUCAAAAUAAAAACUAAAUUUUGUAGCCUUUGUUUACAAAAGAAAACAGCAACCACAUAUUCAAGACUCCCAGCUUUUUUGCUAGAAUUUGAAGGAUGAGGAAGCAAAUUGAGUUUUACUUCAGAUCCAUCCAUCCUCAAGUAUUGUACACACUUAUAGGAGAUACAAUUCUUCCAGCAGGAGCCUUAAAGAUUGAUGGGUUGUCCAUGUUCAUGUGGAAAAUGCUGUUGGCAGGUUCAUGUAUCUCUGACUACAAAGAGGAUCUGUAUGUUCUCUUGUGCUGUUGAAGCUCUAUAUUUCUUGGCUAGAAUCCUGGCUAAGGCCCUUUUGGUUUUAUCGGAUGCUAAAAUUCUAUUGGCAUCAGUCUGUUGGGAAAAUAAGCUGUUUUUAGCAUUUCUUCGUUCUAAGAAAGCAAAAAUUGACCUGAAAUCUGUUGAACUAGACAUAAUUUCAACUAAAAAAAAAUCUUAACACCCCCCCCCCCCCCGGUUCAUUAUGAUAUCCUACUUUUUUCCUCUAUUUUGUAUUCUUUUGAUGAUAGGAUUUUGAUUACACUUACUAGAAUUGGUUCAUUACCACCACCUAAGAUUUUUAUGCAGCAUAUAUCUCAUCAAACACAAAUCAACUUUUAAUCAUUCAAUAUCCUCCCUCCCUCCCUCCCUCUCUCUCUCUCUCUCUAUCUAUCGCUUACACACACACACACACACACACACACACUUUAACAAAGCUUUGUUCUCAACUCAGAAAGUAGUAAAUAAAUACAAUCUUAUCUAUUUAAACCAAAUCCUGCAAUACAACCAAAUGCAGAUAUAUUCAUGAAUCAAAUAAAUCUAGGAAUUGAUGAGAAUAGAGUGAAAUAACCAGACCUGCCUUUGAACUUUUUAAAGAGCAUCAAGCCUUUACAGAAAUGAAAUUAAUUAACUCAAUUUAAGUCCCACCCAAGUCCAAACUGACUGUGAGCA